UGGUGGUGGCAGGCGGCGGUGAGCAUAAAGAGGAUAGGAUAAUAUCGGUGCGCGUCCUCCUCCCGUCCGGAGGUGUCCGUUCGCUGGUUCGCGGGGACCUCGUGUUAUUCGAAUUCGUAUCGUAUCGUAGCCUCACGUAGCCGACGUUUGUACGAUGUAGUUAUGCCGAAGAGGAGUACGCGGCAUGUGAGAGAGUCGGGGAAUACAAAAAGUACCCAGCAACAGCAGCAGCAGCGACGACAACAGCAGCAGCAGCAGUCGCUGUCGCCGCCGAAGCCGCAGCCGCAGCCGCAGCCGCAGUCGCAGUCGCAAUCGCCGCCGCUACAUCCGCCGCCACAGCCCGGUGCAGCGACGGCGACAACAGUUUCGGAAGUGGUGACAGCGAAGCAGCACUUUCGCAGCGUGCAUAUCGGUGUAACGAACAACAAGCGCUGGCAGUCGCUGAAGAAACGCCUAGGUCUAACGACGGACGAGGAUGUCGCGGUAUAUUUGCUGGACCUCGCGGAGUCCGCUACCGCUGCCACUAGGCAACAGGAUAAAUGCAAUGGGGCAGAGGACUGGAAGACAAAUCGUAAUCACAGCAGUCGAGACGAGGAAGCUGUCAAGACUGAAAGCUUGGAUAAGGAAGAUGAGGAGGAAGAAGAAGAGGUGGGUGAGAAACAGCAGCAGCAGCAGCAGCAGCAGCAGUUUAUUCGCACAAGUUCGAGAAAACGAGAAGCUGCAUCGGAGAUACCUUCUCUCCGUACGACGAGCGAGAGCGUGUCGGAGGUGCUGGACGAUACAAUCAAGUUGCACAUGCGACGUAGUUCAAGAUCGAAGCAUCACAAAAACAAGACGAAGCAUCGCAAGGAUAAGCGAAGGAAACGGCGACACUUGAAGAACGGAGCUGAAGAUAACGGCUUCAUUGGACUAGACGGAUUCGAGGAUGCCAACGAGACAGCACCGGAUGCGCGGAACGAUGCGACGGAGAGUAGAGAUUUGAGUAAUCGCGAGACGGUUGUAAUCAGUGAUUUAAAUACUAAAUUAAAAUUAGACGUACAGAGCUUUGGAAUCGAUACGAAAGACGUUGAAUCCUCUACGACCAAGACUGAUCACGUAGAUAGCAUAAGAUUUCGAAACGAUGUAAAUAGUACGAGUAGCGACACCAGAUGUAAGGUGAAAGCGAUCGAUGUACCUGGCGAUUCGACGAGGGAUACCUUACAAGAUAAUAGAAUUACCAAGCUGCAUUAUAACGAUACGACUACAGCGUCGUCUCUUCCGAAGCAUGCGUACAACACUGAGGAUUUGAACAAGGACGUAGAAUAUUUGAUGAAUCCCGCACCCAAUAUCGACGACACGGUCGAAACAUCCGCUGCGACGGACACGCCUGAGAAGGAAGAAAACGACGACGGCGACAACGACGACGACGACGACGGCGACAACGACGACGACGACGACGGCGACAACGACGACGACGACGACGACGAGGUUGCCAGAUCCGUGCAGACGCGUUGCACGAACUUGCGUGAAUCCAAAGUGGCGGAGGCCGAUCACAAGCUGAAAAAGAGACGAAAGCGUCCGCGUCACGAUGCGCAAAUCGAGGAGAAUUCUACCGCAAAGGUUCUCGCCGAAAAUAACGCUCUAGACGAGACGACGGUGUUGAAACAUCGACGAAAAAAACACAAGCACACGAACGAGCAUAAAAGCAAAAAACAUCACGACGUACGGAAGGCGCCGCAAGACGGCAUCGUUAGGCGAGAGGAAACGCGAAACGCGUAUCCGUCGUCGGAGGCCGAGUUGCUGCUAUCUUCGACGUUAGAAUCCGUCGGAAGGGGAGGCAUCGAGGGCGCCGAGGACGGCGGUGACAGCGAUGACGAUGGUGAUGGUGGUGAUGGUGGUGUCGGUGGCGGUGGCCGCGGUGGCCGCGGUGGCCGCGGUGGCCGCCUCGGUGCUCCCGAGGACGUUGGCUUCGACGGUGGUACCGACGACGUCACGUCGGAGCCACAAAGACUCGCGAUCAAGAUCAAGCUCUGCCAGGAAUGCAACAGCCGUCAUUUGCAGGACGCGUGUCCUUUGACGACGUCGCAGUACGCGAUAGCCGACGCAAUCCUCUACGAGGAUUGGUUGAGCAAGCACAAGGAGAACGCAGAGAUAAUGAAAGCCAUUGCAUCGGCGGAUCCAAUGUCGGAGGGUUAUGGUAGAUUAGCGUACGACGGAUUCGAGUCUGAUGAUGAAUCGCCAACGUCCAGCGAACAAUGCAAGACCAAGCCGAAGGUGCAGAGGGAAGAGAAGCAGCUAGUGGUAGAGAUGGAUCGACCACUAUACGCGAGAGAUUCUCUCCCGGAUUGUCUCGAAUUGAAGAUGACCAAUACCGAUCACGGUCUCGGCGUCUACGCUAACAAUCCGAUUCCGAUGUACACCAAGUUUGGCCCUCUCGUCGGCAUAUCCGUUAGAGAAAUGGACAUUCCGGAUGAUUUUUCGAUGCGCCACAUUUGGGAGAUAGAUAAUAAUGGAAAGAGUACGUAUGUCAGUACUACAGACCCGUUGAAAAGUAAUUGGAUUCGAUACGUUAGACCAGCCGAGACGAAGGAGAAGAGAAGCAUCGCGGUGAUCGCCAAGCACAGCCAACUAUAUUUUCUUACAACUCAGAAUAUUGCGUCGGGGAUGGAGCUCACUUAUUGGGUAGAGUCGCAAUCUUCCACGUGGACGAGAAAAAAUAAAAUCAAUAAAACGAAUUGUGGAGGAUGCAAUCUUAUUUUCGCACACUCGAUAUAUUACCGAUUGCAUUGCUGCAUCUUUCACGACAUGAAUUACAGUUUAACGAUAAGAAAAUAUCAUUGCAAGGUUUGCGGUGCCACGGUGCUCGGCAAGGAUAAUAUCAUGAAACACGCAGCGGAAUUGCACGAAGGUCGCGGCGCGUAUCAGUGUCAAUAUUGUAAAAAGUUUUUCUUAAGGUUAAAUUACUUGGAAAUGCAUCGAACCUAUGGAUGCUCACAGAAUCCGCAUCGGGCGCGGCCAUUGUGCGAUUUCUGUGGCCGGAAAUUUUGUCAACCGCAAAAACUUAAAGUACACAUCAAGAGGAUGCAUAGCGAUAUGGCCGAGGUGCUGAGGGAAUUUCAAUGUAAAUUAUGCUUGAAACUCUUGGGUUCUCGCGCGGCUCUACAGCGGCAUAUGAAAGAGGUCCAUCACAAAGACGUUAUCGCCGCAGCUACGUGCGAUCGAUGCGGGAAAAUGUUUCAAAACAAAAGCAAUUUGAAGAUACAUAUGCUGACGCAUAGCGGGGUGAAGCCGUUUAGGUGUAAAGAAAACAGCUGUAAGGCAGCCUUCACCACAAAACAGUGUCUACAAUUCCAUUACAAGAAGGUGCACGGCCUUACGGAAGAAAUGAUGCCCAAGAUCGAAAGAUCCGUGGCGUACACCUUUGACGCGUACAGCGGAGGCCUCGUUGAGGAUGUGCCUUGUGGAAGGAUUAUUCAUUCCAGCAGAAGAAACUCACAGCAGGACAAUAGCAACAGUUUGCCGUCUCUGGAUGACUGCAGCUCGGAGAGUAGCUUGAAAGUCGAAGCAUCGACACCAGUAUCGGUGCCAGUACCAACACCGACACCGACGCCGACAUCGACAUCGACAUCGACAUCGGUACCGCUACCGAUAUCGACGGCGGUCUCGUCGUCCGCGGAGUCAACCACGGCAUCGCCAUCGGCACCAAUAUCGAUUUCGAUAUCGGUAUCGGUAUUGGCAUCGGCACCGACAGCAGCAGCGGCAGCGAUGGCAAAUUCCGCCCACAACGUCAUCGUAGAUUCGUUACAGCAGAGCGAGGCAAAUUCUACGGUCAAGUACAAGACGGAGCAGCAAGAAUUGCCUCAAAUACCGACUCCAUCCUUGUCCAGUGGACUCGACGCGACAACGAUGGAAAAUGGCCAAACGGAAGUCGAUCUGUACGACGCGUCGAGAACGCUGAGCAAGGGUAGCAAAAAGUGGCUGUCCGAAUUUAAUCCACCGCCUACGUCCGACAUCGCUGUUCAUUUACCGGUAGUCUCGACAGUCUCGGCACAGUCUUCCGAUAUUUAUGAUUUUGAAGAUGGCAGAAAGGAUGGUGGUAGCGAGAAAGCGAUCUCGCGCACCAACGCGACGGCAUCGAAUUUGAUAGAGAGCAACAAGUUGCGAUUGAACGUAUACCGAAGUAGGACGGAGAGCGCGAACGCGAGUUUGCUGGUCGAGGCGGCUCUGGAUGCCGCCGAGAGAGACAUAGGAACGGUGUCCAGCCCGAUCUUGGAGGACAACGAUCGCGAGAGCAAUCUCUACUCCAUCUCGAGCCAACUGCAGUCACCUAUACCGCAUUCACGAUCACCGAAUCAUCUAGACUCGUAUAUCGUACAGCAAGAAGAGGAACUGAUCUCGCCCGCGCCGACUCCAGACGAUCGACACACACCUCCCAAUCACCUACACGUGGAUUAUCAUUUGCAUCGACCGGUCGAUUAUAUCAACACCUCGCGAACGCACAAUAUCGAACAGUAUCUGCAUCACGAGGAAUUGCCGCGCGUCUCUUCGCCGAAUUACAUACACAUGCAGCAAGAAGACCUAGUGUCGCCGUCCGCCACGCCGAAUCACCGUUACCAGGAGGCAGUGCAUCAUCAUCAGGUACCAACGGAUAAUUUGUCGAGCGACGAGGGCGACUCGGUGGCACAGAAUCUUAGCCUAUCCGUGAAAGAGAAGGCGUUGCAGCUAGACUUGUCGACGUCCUACAAAUACGAUACCCUAGAACAGGAUUUCACCCGAGAGAGAUCCAACUUUGAGCCAUUGGUACUCAAUAGUGGUGAACUUCAGGGUUUAGACAUGUCAGCACGGGGUUUUCAUCACAGUUUCGGCGCCCAGAUGCAAAACACUCGCUAUCAUCAUCACCAUCUUUACGAUAUUGGCGAACGACAAAGCGUGGAUCUCAGCAGAACGGGCAGUUAUUCCAUGUCGCCACCCCCGCCACCGCCGCCCUAUCCGCACAACGAGGUUGUACGAGUGGUCAGCUUGGAUCUCACUCCUGGCGGCAGACACAGUGUCGAUCUGAGUCUUUCUAGAUCGCAUCAUCUGCAUGGAUCGGGCACUCGUGUCAUCACCAGCCCACAAUCCGUCGGCUCGGCUACGGCGCACGUGACCGUACCCGAUGCUGCCGAAAGUCGAAUGCUGUCGCCGCCUCCACCUCCCUUAUCUGGAUAUAAUCCCAGUUAUCCCGUGAGUCCGGCCCCGUAUCAUCCUCCGAGAUCCGGAUAUCACCAUUAUCCCGGCUAUUAUUGAUCGUCAUUGACAAAUGUUGUCGUUUCGACAGUCAACGUUUUCUCGGCAAUUUUUAUUUCGAAAGUCUUCGUCGUUACUUCAGGGUCCCUUUCUCAUUAUUUUUAUCAUUCUCUAAACAAGUUUUUUGUUUUGAGGUUGUUAAUUAUUUAAAUGUGCAUUGCUUUAUAUUGCGACAUGCUCGCAUCGCAGGCGGGAACUGCCAUUUUCGUACGUUGUAACGAAUAGCGCAGCAUUAUGCUUUAUUCUCGUGGUCAAUUUAAUGUAAUUGACCGACUUAAGUCGGUAAUAAGGUAAAUUUUGACACGUACGAUUAAAAAAGUUGGUAAAAACACAGCAAAACUUUUCGACUUGAAGAGACAAUGAAGAAAUCAAUAUCGUAUGACAGAUGGUUGUAACACUGUCAUUAAACGUGAUAAAUGCACAAAAGUGUACACGGUACAUUCACGACGUUCAGAACAGAUGUUAUUUUUUUAAACAAAAUCAAGUAGGACAAGAUUUCACGUAGAAAAUCUAUUCCAAAAUAAUCGAGGAUAUCGCGAUGAAGGGAUGUUUAUUUAUUUAUUGAAUAUUAUGAUAGCCGUUAAAUUAUUUAUUAUUUACUUUGAUAAGCUGUAUAUGCAGUCGUACAUGAUGCGUGAAGCAUGAUAUCAUUUAUGGAAAUGAGCGUUGGAGAGAGAGAGAGAGAGAGAGAGAGAGAGAGAGAGACGCGUGCGUGCGUGCGUGCGUGCGUGCGUGCGUGCGUGCGUGCGUGAGUCAGUGAGUGAGUGAGUGAGUGAGAGAGAAAGAGAGAGAGAGAGAGGAGGUAAAAAGCAGAAUUACGUCGUGAUCCAGUGCCACGUUCGUGAUAAUUAAAAUUAUUAAGAAGUUAUUAUGUACCUCUUAGCUUAUAUUUUUCUAUUUUGGACCUAUAUGUUACCAAGAAAUACUCCAUUUAACGUGGCGUUGGUGAUAACAGUGGCAUCUCAGAGCAGCAUAAUCCUUGCAAAAAUUGUGUUAUUAGAAAUUUAGAAAUUAAAUUUUGUCUCGCAAAAGAGAAAUAGAAAAGGAUUUGAAAAAUGUUUGUGCAAUGUGGCAAUAUAAUUUGAACAAACCAUGUAAAUUGUAUUUAAACACAUUCUUUCAAUUGCAAAUCGUUUAUAAAGUAUAAUUGCCAACCUACAUGUUACUUGGGAUGCUCCAAUAUGUAUUUAUGAAAUUAUCAAAAUGCCUAAUGCGGUAACUAUAAGUAUUUCUGUAUGGUGAUAACUGAUUGUAACGUUUGUUUCUAUUCUAGUCAUUAUAUAAUCGCGAAUUAGCGAAGGCGACUUUAGCCAAGUUAUUAAGUUAUAUUUCAGCAAUUGCAGAUGGUUCAAAUACAUGAAUUUUAUUGUAAAUGCAAAUUCAUAUUUAUAUGAAUUUUAUUAAAAAUUUUACGUUCUCUCGCCGCGAUUAAUCUAGCGAGGAAGAUUAAUGCUAUUAACGUAUUCCACUAUCAAAAUAAAACGCAACGUUACGAAUUCUAUUUUACAAAGCUCGACUCAAUAAUACGAUUGGUAUUACGUUUCAUUAAACUUUAGGCUUUAGUUAUUUAAAAAGCAUGCAUGCGAAUGCGUUUGUCAAAAAAA